AUGAAUUUAUUGAUUUAUUUAUUGCUAUUAAGUGUUUCACUAGUGUUGGGGUCUUCUCCAAGUGGUGGAUAUGCACCAGGGAUAGUUCAAUGUCCUAUUAAUUCCAACUCAAGUGUGAAUACUUCUUCGUUUAUCCGUGAAGCCGAUUCCAUAUCUGACCUCGAAAAACAAUGGAUUAAACAACGACAACUGAAAGUAAAUACAGCUUUAAUCGAAUUUUUGAAAUCAGCAAACUUGUCGAAUUUUAAUGCUCAAAACUUUAUUGAUUCUGAAGACUACAAAGGGAUUAAUUUGGGAUUAGCAUUUUCUGGAGGAAGUUAUCGGGCCAUGCUUAAUGGUGCAGGUCAAAUAAUGGCAUUAGAUUCAAGAUCAUCUCUGGCAGGCUCUUUAGGUGGUAUCUUACAGAGUGCAAAUUAUAUUGGUGGAUUAUCUGGCAGUUCUUGGUUGCUUGGCUCAUUGGCAAUGCAAGGAUGGCCAACAGUGGAAGAAGUUGUUUUUGAAAACCCAAAUGAUUUAUGGAACUUGACUGUUUCUAGGCAAUUGGUCAAUCAAACUGGAUUAUGGACUAUUGUGUUUCCAGUUGUGUUUGACAAUUUGAAUAGUGCAUUAAGCCAUAUGAAUUUCUGGGACAAUGAUUCCAAUGGUGUUAAAUUUGAUUUGGAAGCCAAGGAAAAAGCAGGAUUUCAAACUUCCUUGACCGAUGCAUGGGCAAGAGGUUUAGCUCAUCAAUUGUUUCCAAAGGGUAACGACAAUUAUGAUAGUGGUGCUACUUGGAGUGAUAUCAGAGACAUUGACGCAUUUGCCAACCAUGAUAUGCCUUUCCCCUUUGUCACAGGGUUAGGAAGACGUCCAGGUACAACUGUCUAUAAUUUGAAUUCUACGGUUAUUGAAAUGAACCCAUUUGAAUUUGGUUCUUUUGAUCCUUCAUUGAAUACGUUCACUGAUAUAAAGUAUUUAGGUACCAAUGUGAGUAAUGGUGUUCCUGUUGAUUCAUGUAUUAAUGGAUUUGAUAAUUCUGGUUUCAUAGUUGGGUCCUCAUCUUCCUUGUUUAAUCAAUUCUUAAAUACUUUGGUUUGUGACGAUUGCAAUUCCUUGAAUUUUGCAAUCAAAUGGUUACUCAAGAAAUUCUUAACAUAUUUAUCCAACUCCCAUGAAGAUGUAGCUCUUUACACACCAAAUCCAUUUUACAAUUCUCAAUAUGCCAAAUCAGAAAAUAUCACUACCAACAACACACUAUAUGUUAUAGAUGGAGGUAUUGGUGGCGAAGUCAUCCCAUUGUCUACCUUAAUGGUUAAAGAAAGAGCUUUGGAUAUUGUGUUUGCUUUUGAUAACGAUGUCAACACUGAGACAAGUUGGCCAGAUGGAUCAGCAUUAAUUUCAAGUUACGAACGUCAAUUUGCCCAGCAAGGGUCUUCCAAUCUUUGUCCUUAUGUCCCUGAUUCAAACACAUUUUUGGCUAAAGGGUUAACGGCAAAACCAACUUUUUUUGGAUGUGACGCUAAGAAUCUAACCACAUUAGAGAAAGACGGAGUUAUUCCUCCAUUAGUGGUCUAUUUUGCAAAUAGACCAUACGAGUAUUAUUCAAAUGUCAGUACAUAUGAUUUGACAUUUACUGACGAACAGAAAAAGGGUCUCGUCAAAAAUGGAUUUGAUGUUGCCACCAGAUUAAAUGGAACAAUUGAUCCUGAAUUCAAAAGCUGUAUUGCUUGCGCACUCAUUAGAAGAGAAGAAGAAAGGCGUGGUAUUGAACAACUGGACCAAUGUAAGAAAUGCUUUGAGAAUUAUUGUUGGGAUGGUACUUAUGCUAGUGGACCUUCAGAAAAUUAUGUGAAUUUUACUGAUUCAAGCUUAACUAAUGACAGCACAGUCUUUUAUGGUGACGCCAAUUCUAAGGUUUCUUCAUCAAGUGGUGGAUUGUUUGGUUUCUUGAAAAGAGAUACUCAAAAUGUUGAAGAAUUUACAGGUGUCAUACUUGAAAGUAACUCUGAUGGCUUAAGAUUUUCCAAAUAUUUAACAAUUGCAUCAUUAUUUGCCACAUAUUUGGUAAUUAUGUGA